UGGUAGCGAGCGAGUUGCCACGCAACGUCAACACAAUGCAUUGCUUUUUCUGCUAUUGAACAGUAUUUAUUCCAAUCACUUUUGUUUGUGUGAUUCAUUUGUCAACAAGUUUGUCAAGAGAGUUGUUACUUGUUGUGGAGAGUUGUUGGUUGGGUACGCAUUUGUGAUUAAUAGUUAGUAUUCCAACUUAAUUCCAACAUUUGGUUGAAGGUCAAUCGGAACCACAGGUCGCUUCCAAUUCUUUUAAUUUUCUGGCACUGUAAUCAAAAUCAAGUUUGAGCGAUGGGUGCAGUGCUCGGGAUAUGCACAGCUUCACAGCUGGCAUGCUGUUGUGGGUCAGCUGCCUGCAGCCUGUGCUGCUCGGCUUGCCCAUCAUGCCGCAAUUCAACAAGCUCGCGUAUCAUGUACGCCAUCAUGCUGCUGGCUGUGACUGCACUAUCAUGUGUGCUGCUGGCACCCGGCCUGCAAGAUCAGCUGCAAAAGGUGCCGUUUUGCGGUGACCAGCUGGACUGCAGCACGGCGGUCGGCUACAUGGCCGUCUACCGCGUCUGCUUCAUCACCACCCUGUUCUUCCUGCUCAUGGCGCUGCUCAUGAUCAACGUCAAAUCGUCCAAGGACGGCCGGGCCGGUCUCCAGAAUGGAUUCUGGGCAAUCAAGUAUCUGAUACUAAUAGGCGGCAUGGUAGGAUCAUUCUUCAUCCCAGCGGGUGGCCUGACGUUCUGGAUGUAUUUCGGAAUGAUCGGCGGCUUCCUGUUUAUUCUGAUCCAGCUGAUCCUGAUCAUCGACUUCGCCCACAGCUGGGCCGAAUCCUGGGUGUCCCGCUACGAGGAGACCGAGUCCAAGGCCUGGUACUGCGCGCUGCUCUUCUUCACCUUCCUCCAGUACGCGCUGGCCAUCACCGCCGUCGGCCUGUUCUUCGCCUUCUACACGCGGCCGGAUGGCUGCGCCACCCACAAGUUCUUCAUCAGCAUCAACCUGAUCCUGUGCGUGGCGGUGUCGGUGCUGUCGGUGCUGCCCAAGGUGCAGGCUGCGCAGCCCAACUCUGGUCUGCUGCAGUCGGCCGCCGUCACCCUGUACACCAUGUACCUGACCUGGAGCGCCAUGGCCAACCAGCCCGACUCCAGCUGCAAGCCGAACUUUUCCCAGAUGAUUGACGGCAGUGGGAUAUCACCGGGCGCGCCCGGAACCACGGCGGCGCCCACGGACGACGGCGCCGGAUUCGACGCCGAGUCGAUCGUCGGACUGGUGGUGUGGUUCGUCUGCGUGCUCUACUCGAGCAUCCGCACUGCCAGUUCGUCUCAGCACGCCAAGCUCACUGGCUCCGACAAGAUUUUGCUGAAGGAUGAGGCGGGCUCUGGCGGCGCACCGCAGGACGCCGAGGCCCAGGUCUGGGACAACGAGGAGGACGGCGUCGCCUACAGCUGGUCCUUCUUCCACAUCAUGUUCGCGCUGGCCACCCUCUACGUCAUGAUGACGCUCACCAACUGGUACUCCCCCAACUCUGACCUGCGCUCGCUCUCCAAGAACGCCGCCUCCAUGUGGGUGAAGAUCGCCUCCUCCUGGGUGUGCCUGGCGCUCUACGCCUGGUCGCUGGUGGCGCCGCUCAUACUCACCAACCGCGACUUCAGCUAGUGGCCGCGCCCCACAGAUGGCACCACCAGCGCGACCGGACGCCAUGUAAGGGCGCCGAAGACGAGCUGAAGAGGAUAGGAAUGACGAUCGGAUGGACCGAGAGAUGAGAGGCGCCAUAUGUCGGGAGGACGGAACACUGAUAGAUAGAUGGCCAGGUGCAACUGGUGCGAGCUCGAGGUUGUAUAUUUUUACUUGCAAAGAAGGGAAUAUAUAGAUGUUUUAUAUCCAAGAAGGUAGCUCGGCCCGGAAAUCUGAAAGAUAGGGACAGUUAGUUGUAAUCUACCGUCGGGGUCUGUACUGUCUGUCGGUUCUGUGACUGACGGCUGU